AUGGGCGACCGUCCAAAGAGCCAAGGUUCUCUAACUCUUCCCGAGCUCCACAUCGACUUGCUUCGACGCAUCAUUGGCAGUGCUAGGGUCGCCUCAGAUUCCUUGAUCUACAGCUACCAUCGGAGCUUCAACGGCUUCGCUGCCAGACUAACACAGGCCGAGCUUCUGAAACUUGCCGCCUAUGAAGGUGUAGUUUCUGUGUUCCCCAACAAGAUAGUGAAACUCCACACGACAAGAUCAUGGGAUUUCAUCGGCUACCCGAAGAAUGCGUCGACAUCCACCCGCCGCCAACAGAGCAACAUGAUCAUCGGAAUGCUCGACACCGGGGUCUGGCCGGAGUCCCAGAGCUUCGACGAUUCCGGUUACGGCCCACCUCCAAAGAAAUGGAAGGGUAGAUGCCAAUCGUCCUCCAAUUUCACCUGUAACAAUAAGAUAAUUGGAGCACGGUACUACAAUGCUGAAGAAGAUUACGGUCCAGACGAUAUCCGUUCACCAAGGGAUUCGGAAGGCCAUGGAAGUCACACUGCAUCCACUGCUGCAGGGAACCUUGUCACCUCGGCUAAUCUCUAUGGCAUUGCCAAUGGGACUGCCCGCGGCGGGGUACCAGCUGCUCGAAUCGCUGUCUACAAGAUCUGCUGGUCUUUUGGUUGUUCAAGUGCUGAUAUUCUAAAAGCUUUUGAUGAUGCUUGUGCUGAUGGAGUCGACAUAAUCUCGCUCUCAGUUGGUGGUGGGCCAAUGGAUUAUUUCCGUGACCCCAUUGCUAUUGGGGCUUUCCAUUGCAUGAAGAAGGGAAUCUUAACUUCCAACUCGGCUGGCAACAGUGGCCCUACUCCUGGAUCGGUCGCCAAUGGCUCUCCUUGGUCACUCACUGUUGCUGCUAACACCAUUGACAGAAAGUUGACGACCAAUGUCAAGUUGGGUAAUGGCAAAAUUUAUAAUGGGAGCGCUCUCAACACUUUUCAGCCCAAGAAACCGAUGUACCCUCUUAUCUACGGUGGAGAUGCACCAAAUAAGACGGCAGGAUAUGAUGGAAACGUUUCCAAGUAUUGCGACUCGGAUUCUUUGGAUAAAAACCUGGUGCAAGGGAAAAUUGUUUAUUGUGAGACUGGCAGCCAGGGAGAUGGAGCUAUAGCUGCUGGUGCCGUUGGGGCCAUAAUGGGAAACAAUGAUCAGGGAGAUGUGGCGUUUCCUUUCCCUUUGCCCGUCUCUCUCUUGAAUGAAACGGAUGGAAACAAUGUUGUGAAAUACUCAAACUCAACUAGGGGCCCAACUGCAGUGAUAUCCAAGACGGUUGACUACCUGGAUGGCUCACCCGCUUACGCGGUUUACUUUUCCUCGAGGGGUCCAAAUACGAUAACCCCUGACAUUCUUAAACCCGACUUGACAGGACCAGGAGUAAAUAUACUGGCAGCAUGGUCUAAGGCUACAACUGUGUCGGGAGAACCUGGUGACAAAAGAGUUGUCCCAUACAACAUCAUCUCCGGUACUUCAAUGUCUUGCCCCCAUGUAUCUGGAGCAGCUGCUUAUGUCAAAUCGUUCCACCGUACUUGGUCCCCUGCUGCGAUUAAGUCAGCUCUUAUGACAACAGCUCAACCCCUGAGUGCCAAGUAUAAUCCUGAGGCUGAGUUAGCAUACGGGACAGGACAAAUUGAUCCAAUCAAGGCUGCAGAUCCUGGACUAGUAUAUGAUGCUAGGGAGAAGGAUUAUAUCAGAUUUCUCUGCGGCCAAGGGUAUUCGACCAAGCAACUCCAACUUGUCACUGGAGAUCCGAGUGCUUGCGCUGCGGCAACAAAUGGAACCGUGUGGGAUCUAAACUACCCUACUUUUGCUCUAUCAGCAGCCAGAUCAGGAGUCUCUGUGUCUCGGGUAUUUCACAGAACCGUCACAAAUGUUGGAUCAGCAAAUGUGACAUAUAAAGCCACGGUAAAGGCACCGGCAAACCUUAAGGGUGUUUCUAUCAAUACGUUGGACGUGAACGGCACAAUGUUCUCUCUCGUUCAUGCUGGAUAA